AUGAUGAUGACGAUGAUGAGGACUUACCUCCACCUCCGUUCCUUGCUCGGUACGAGGACUACCGACAAGACUAUGCAGUUCGCGACCGGAAAAAAACCUCAAAUCCCUGUUCCAAAGUCCAAACCUUUCAGCGAACAGUUUCUCACAACAACGGCCAGCAAAUCAUUAUAUUCCUUCAGCCGGCGUAAGUUCAAUGGUAUGAAGAUUCUUCCUCUCAACAAACCGGCCACUGUGGGUGCUCAGACGGUUCUUGAUAAAUCUGGGUUUCUUCCCACUGUCCGAGAAAUCACUGCGUACUUGGAAGACAUUGUCCGUGAGUUCUAUACAAAUCUGGGCUCAAUUGAAAGGAGAAAAUCAACCAAGAAUCCAGUCUUCGUUCGUGGAUACAUGUAUGAGUUCACCCCCAGAAUUAUCAAUCAAAUGUUCCAACUUCCAAAUCCGCCGUUUGGCCCUGAUGAAGAUGUGCUUCGUGUGGAUGAGUCACCUCUCCGAUAUUGCUGCUCUAAUGUCUGCAAAUACUGUUCGCAGUUGGGGAUCUCUUAA